CAUCCCCUACGGAUCCCCUCCAGUGUCCCUGCCUCCUCUUUCUACCUUGAACUGAAUGCCCCGAGUGUCCUCUUCCAUAGCUUUCCCCUACAUCUUCUUCCACCCCUUACAAAUCCUUAUGGAUCCCCCCAGGUUUCCCCUACAUGUUCUUCCAUCCCUCACAGAUCCUUAUGGAUCCCCCCAGCUUUCCCCUACUUGUUCUUCCAUCCCCUACAAAUCCUUAUGGAUCCCCCCAGCUUUCCCCUACAUCUUCAUCCAUCCCUUACAAAUCCUUAUGUAUCCCCCCAGGUUUCCCCUACAUCUUCUUCCAUCCCUUACAAAUCCUUAUGGAUCCCCCCAGGUUUCCCCUAGAUGUUCUUCCAUCCCUCACAGAUCCUUAUGGAUCCCCCCAGGUUUCCCCUACAUCUUCAUCCAUCCCUUACAAAUCCUUAUGGAUCCCCCCAGCUUUCCCCUACAUCUUCUUCCAUCCCUUACAAAUCCUCAUGGAUCCCCCCAGCUUUCCCCUAUGUGUUCUUCCAUCCCUUACAAAUCCUUAUGGAUCCCCCCAGCUUUCCCCUACAUCUUCUUCCAUCCCUCACAAAUCCUUAUGGAUUCCCCCCAGCUUUCCCCUACAUCUUCUUCCAUCCCUUACAAAUCCUUAUGGAUCCCCCCAGCUUUCCCCUACAUCUUCAUCCAUCCCUUACAAAUCCUUAUGGAUCCCCCCAGGUUUCCCCUAAAUCUUCUUCCAUCCCUUACAAAUCCUUAUGGAUCCCCCCAGGUUUCCCCUACAUCUUCUUCCAUCCCUUACAGAUCCUUAUGGAUCCCCCCAGGUUUCCCCUACAUCUUCUUCCAUCCCUUACAAAUCUUUAUGGAUCCCCCCAGGUUUCCCCUAUGUGUUCUUCCAUCCCUUACAAAUCCUUAUGGAUCCCCCCAGGUUUCCCCUACAUCUUCUUCCAUCCCUUACAAAUCCUUAUGGAUCCCCCCAGGUUUCCCCUACAUCUUCUUCCAUCCCUUACAAAUCCUUAUGGAUCCCCCCAGGUUUCCCCUAAAUCUUCUUCGAUCCCUCACAGAUCUUUAUGGACCCCCCCAGGUUUCCCCUACAUCUUCUUCCAUCCCUUACAGAUCUUUAUGGAUCCCCCCAGGUUUCCCCUAUGUGUUCUUCCAUCCCUCACAGAUCUUUAUGGAUCCCCCCAGCUUUCCCCUACAUCUUCUUCCACCCCUUACAAAUCCUUAUGGAUCCCCCCAGCUUUCCCCUACGUGUUCUUCGAUCCCUUACAGAUCUUUAUGGAUCCCCCCAGGUUUCUCCUACGUGUUCUUCCAUCCCUUACAGAUCCUUAUGGAUCCCCCCAGCUUUCCCCUACAUCUUCUUCCACCCCUUACAAAUCCUUAUGGACCCCCCCAGCUUUCCCCUACAUCUUCAUCCAUCCCUUACAAAUCCUUAUGGAUCCCCCCAGCUUUCCCCUACAUCUUCUUCCAUCCCUUACAAAUCCUUAUGGAUCCCCCCAGGUUUCCCCUACAUCUUCUUCCAUCCCUUACAAAUCCUUAUGGAUCCCCCCAGGUUUCCCCUACAUCUUCUUCCAUCCCUUACAGAUCUUUAUGGACCCCCCCAGUCGUCCCUCGAGACCCCAAUUAACCCCCACCCUUCUCCUUGCCCUUUUUG